UUAUACUCUUCUGUAUAGGACACGCAACAGAUUAAUCGCACAUUUGUAAAUAUUUCAACAUGAAUAACAAAUAUUUGGAUCUCGCAAAAGUGGGUACAGUUUAUGCUAAGCGUAUGAAUCAGCUGAGUAAUAAAAUUUUCGGUGAAGUAUAUAGAGAUACCAAUUCAAAAUCAAUGAAGGUUGUAAAAUUGUUCUCUGAAAAACCAGUACACAAGCGAGAUGAGAUAGUUGACUAUUACCCAAGGCACACAGAAAUUGAUAUAUUAAUGAAAAAUCUCAGACUUUAUGGUUUAUACAGAGAUGAGCAUCAAGAUUUUAUAGAAGAAUAUGACCGUUUAAGAGAACUACGUGGUAAAAAGAAAUGGACUUACACGAAAACAGAGAAAAAGGAAGAGAAAAGUUAAAUAUAUAUUAUGUAUUUGAAUAUAACCCAUGACAUCAUUUCAUGAAGUUUGUGUAACAUAUAUUCCAAAGGAAUAUCGAAAUAUAAAUUAGGAAACAGAUAUUCUUACAUUUUGUAGUAAUGCUGGAGCAGGAAGCUGUUAUGAUGAAAUGUAAUUUUGCC